AUGCUCCAACGCUGGCGUCGAGAGGAAGUAAAGUGUCGCGUAUGCAUGGACCGUCCUGUAAAGUGCGUUUUCGUUCCGUGUGGUCACUUGAGCUGCGAGGAGUGUGGACUGCGUCUCACCCACUGCCACAUUUGCCGAAAUGCCAUAGAACUUCGCCAACGCUGCUACUUUCCAUGGGAAGAGGAUGAAAAAUCCCCUUCCCUGGCCCCGAACCCGCCCUGCUCUACCUUGUCCACCGUCAACGCAGCUGCUACUACUGUUACAGAUGGAGGUGCCGCCAAACCACAGCGAACUGUUGCUUUCGACAUCCAUGAGAACACAGAAAGUGGAUCGUCUUCGGAUGAGGAAGAAGAUGGAAUGGAGAGCAGUGAAGCGAUGCAACCAGGAGCUUUUGAUUUCUUCCAUCGCCAUCGGCGUCAA